AUGCAGCCAAAUAUUGUGUUAUUUUUAACUUUGCUGAUUUCUGGAAUUUUUGCCGAGGACUCUAAUAUUACCGAAGCAAAAGAUGUUUCUGAAAGUGAGGGUUUCACCAACGAAACAUACAAAGUCCAAAAGGAUUACAUCGGGCAUGAUUAUUAUGGUGGUGACUAUGGUGGUGAAUACUAUAAUAAUUACUACGACGACUCACGCAUCUUUGGAUCAGACUUUUACGAAUCAUUCCAUCCACAAAUUUCUUAUCCCAGUCAAUUGCAGCAUCAUUAUCAUCACCAUACCCACCUUCAUGAACACAAUAAAGGAAAAGGGUCUUUUAUACCAGCAUUUUUAUGCCAUAUCACAGCUGGAUCUUGGGAGGAGCUGUUCAAGAUUUGUCAGAACAACACUAUUUACGAGACUUAUAAAGAGGCUCUUAUUCUAGACUGGGUUCAGAGGCAAGGCGAAACUGUUUACGUAUGUUUUUCACCGCUUGUCUUUACUUAG